AUGAAAGAACUCAUCAACAGAAGCUUAGUCCAAGUUAAAUCCACGGGGGACGAUGGCACAUUGGAUACAUGUGGUCUCCACGAUUUUGUGCGUGAAAUCCUUGUUUCAAAAUCCAAAGAGCAGGACUUCACGACUGUAGCCACCAUAUAUUACACAAGAUGGCCUGAAAAAGUUCGCCACCUAGCAAUCCACAACUUCACUGAUAAUCCACAAGAAUUUAGUAGCUUAAAGUGUCUUCGGUAUGUGGUAAUAUUUAAGUAUGAAGAUCCUCUCACAACUACAUUUUUAUCCAAGUUUUUACAUGGUGAUCCCAAGUUGCUAAAGGUGUUGGAUUUGGAUGGAGCUGAAUUGGACAGUAUCCCAAAGCAAGUCUUCAAACUAUUUGAUCUCAGGUAUCUUAAUCUCAGUGGAACUGGAGUUAAAAUUAUUCCAAAAUCUAUUGGAAAGCUUCAAAACCUUGAAGUUAUAGAUCUAAUAGGAACGAAUGUAACAGAGUUGCCUGCGAAAAUUCUAAAUCUAAGAAAACUCCGUUCUAUUUGCUUAGGCGGAGUGGGUGAUUAUUCAAAUGAGUAUGCAGUUUGGGGCUGCAAAUCUCGAGAUGGAAUUGGAAAGCUUAUUUGUUUGGAGGAUUUGUUUGGUAUAGAAGCAGACAGUGAUAAAAUAGUAAGGGAGAUUGGAAAGCUAACGCAAUUGCGACGAUUAGCCAUCACAAAGCUGAGAAGAGAAGAUGGAAAAGAGUUGCUCUCCUCCCUCUUGAGGCUGACCAACCUUCGAGAAUUACUCAUCUCCUGUAUUAAAGAAGAUGAGACCCUUGAUCUCCAACAUUCUGUCUUUCCAAAACAUGAAUUCCUCACCUCUCUAUUGUUGAAGGGGCGUUUAGAGAGAGUACCGCAAUGGGUGACAUCACUUCAAUCCUUGAGAAUCUUACAGUUGGACAAUAGUAGGUUGACAGAAGAUGAGAAUGUAAUAGGCUCCCUCAGACAUUUGCCCAAUCUGGUAUCACUUGCUCUCUAUCGUGCGUAUGAAGGGGAGACAUUAUGUUUCAAGAUUGGAGGAUUUCGAAAACUCCAACGCUUAGACCUAAUGCAAUUGAAAAGACUGAAAUGGGUGAGAGUGGAAGAGGAAUCAAUGCCUAGUCUCAGAAAUAUGCAAUUAAUUGGUUGUAAACUGAUGCAGGAGUUGCCUUCGGGCAUCCAAAACUUGACAAGACUUGAAUUUCUUGGGUUUUAUGAAAUGUCUGAUGAGCUAGUGCACAAAGUACAGAAUUUGGAUAAACAAAGUGAAGAUUAUCAGACUAUUUCUCAUAUCCCUCAAGUUCGCAUUGGUCACUGGAUUGAUGGUCGGUGGGAAGGCACGUUCCUCUAA